GAGAGUUCUUCAGCAGAAGGCCCUGCGAACUCAAGGGCCACCCGGAUCAGCGUAAGGGCUCGCCGCGAGAGCUCGCCGCUCCAGCCGAGUUGGUGGGCUGCUCGCUGGUUGCAGACCUCACCCCGCUGUACGAGGAUGGCACUGGCGAUCUCCUGAGCAACCUCUCAGUCCCCGAGGCGCGACCGGAGCACUUCCUCUUCCCCUUCCUUCUCUCGAGCCUGCUCCGGAACAAGCCACACCUGAAGCUCCUCUAUGCUGUCAGAGAUCCUCUCGAGUGCUUCUUGUCGCUGAGCUCCUGGCGCCAAGCCCAGAACCCCUGGUGUUUCCAGGAAGACCUCGGGGACCAGGGCUCUGCCUGGCAAUGCUGGCAGAACGUCGGCCACUGCCGGCUAAGCCAGGCCCUCGACUUAGCCUGCUCUUUGGGCUCCAUGGGCUGCACCCGGCAGAACCUCGGCCUCCUCCUCGUGGGCCAAACCUCGGAGAAGUGGGCCCUGGCCUCGGCUGCCGAGUUCCUCGGGGCGGAGAGGUCCUUCUUCGAG